AUGAUAUCAUCGUCAAGUUUAUUAGAAUCUCGUUUAAAUUCUUUAACAAAUCGUUCUGAUCCUGAUACAGAAUCUAAAGUACGUUCGUCUAUACGUGCUAUUAAUGAAACGAUACAAUCGAAUGCCAAUGAACCAUCAUUAGCUUUCUAUCGAAUACAAGAACAUGUACGAAGAACUUUACCAACAAUGAUACAAAAACGAAUUGAACUUGAAAGUUUACAUGAUCGUAUGAAUGGUCUUAUAUUUGAUGUUGAAUAUAGUGUUGAUGCUGUUAAAUCACUUGGAAAUAGUGAUGAACAUUUUAAUAAUAUUGCAACUUAUUUAGAAAAAUCUGUAUAUAUUAGUAAACAAAUGAAUCUCUUAAAACAACAACAAGUUCAACAACAACUACUGGAGAAAAAAGAUGCAUCAUAG